GAAUGGACAACAAUCAGCAGCACUCAUAUCAUAGACACAUUUCGAAGCCUUGAACUGAUAAACGUUCCAGUACCUAUUAAAAGCAUUUCAAGUCCGUUGUUGAUGCAUCAGCAUGUUUUCGAAAGCUCUGUUUUUAACAUGUCUGAUUUUCUCGUGCGUGGAAAGUGCCCGGAUUUUAGGAAUCUUUCCUAUGCCAGGAAUAAGUCACUACAUUUUAACAUCCAAGUUAAUGAAAGGCUUAGCUGAAGCAGGGCACGAUGUUGUGAUGGUCAGUCCCUAUGGCAUGAAAGAUCCACCCAAAAACGGCAAAUACACCGAUGUGAUUCUGGAUGAUUUCGCUGAAGUCUUUGAAAAAAUGAACCAAAUCGAUUUAUUCGGGCACAGCAAAAGAUGGAUGGUUUUCAGUAUGAAAGAAGUCAUAGACGUGAUGAUGAUCGGCACAAGGAAUACCUUGCGUAAUCCCGGUUUGAUGAACCUAGUCGAGUCCAAAGAGCACUUCGAUGUGGUGAUAAUCGAAGAGUUCCUGAACGACGCUCUUAAAGUCUACAGUCACCUGUUUAACUGCCCUCUUAUUAUUUUAAGCAGCGUUGGACCCAACAGCAAAGUCAAUUCCGUGAUAGGCAAUCCGCAACCGAUGGCAUACGUAGCUCAUAUGCAGAUGAGGCGUUUUUCCAGCAGAAUUUCACUUCUUGAUAGAAUGACGAAUUUAUUUCAACACGUGCUAUCAUAUACUUUGUCUGAAUUGUUAUUUGUUCCAAAAAAUGAGCGAAUAAUGCAAGAAAUGUACCCCGGGGCUCCGUCCAUCAGCGAAUUGAACAACAAUGUGGCGCUGGUUCUUCUGAACUCGCACGCCAGUCUUUACGAGCCGCAGCAUCUUGUUCCCAAUAUGAUCGAGAUUGGUGGUUACUUCAUUGAUCCGCCGAAGCCACUGCCGGAAGAUUUGCAGGAAUACAUGGACAACGCAACGGAUGGCGUGAUCUAUUUCAGCAUGGGGUCAAAUUUGAAAAGUAAAGAUUUGCCGGAAGAACGGAAAAGGAUGUUUUUGAAUAUUUUCGGUCGCCUGAAGCAACGAGUUAUUUGGAAAUUUGAGGAAGACUUGCCAGGAAAACCGUCCAAUGUUCUGAUCAAAAAGUGGUGUCCGCAACAGGAUAUAUUGGCUCACCCGAACAUGAGAUUGUUUAUAACCCACGGUGGGCUGCUGAGUACAACCGAGACAAUUUACCAUGGCGUUCCCAUUCUGGCCAUUCCAGUUUUCGGCGAUCAGCCAGCUAAUGCGGCCAGAGCGGAAGCCAGCGGAUUUGCUCUUCAACUCGACUACAACGCUCCAGAUUUCACCGAAGAUAAACUAGAUUUCUUAAUCAGGGAGUUGUUAACGAACCCGUCCUACAAAGAAGUGGUGCAGAACAAAUCCAGAAUUUUCCAUGACCGCCCGAUUAAACCAAUGCAAACAGCGGUUUACUGGGUUGACUAUGUGAUCAGGCAUCGAGGGGCGCCACAUUUGAGGGCAGCUGCCUCCAAACUGGCAUGGUACGAGUUAUACAUGGUAGAUGUUGGGGCCAUUAUGGUGGUGAUUCUGGCCGCCCUCCUGUAUACUGGGAAAAUUGUUGUCUGGAAAAUUGUCGGCUCUAUUAGAAGGAGAAGAGCAAACAAGCAAAAACUUUCGUGAUUAGAAAUAUGGUAGACUUUUCAUAUUAGCAAUCCAAUGUACUGCAAGCAGAUGAUCAUUGUAAAUAAAUCAUCUGGUCAUCAAAUGUAUUCUGGAGUCUCAACUGUUUUAUGUGUUAAGUAUUUAUAUGUUUAUAAUUUGACAAUACAUACAUAAUUGCAUAUA